AUGGCAUACUGUUUCUCUCAAGCCUGUGCCAUCACAGGGCUGCUGGCUCUUCCUGUAGGGGCCGCGACGGAAACGGUGACGACAGCCUACUCCAUGGAAGAUGGAGAUGGUGAAGGUGGUGAAGGACCUGUGCGGUUGGAAACCCCGAGUCGCAGAGUGAAGACUCUCCGCGACUAUAGGUCGCAAGUGCUUCCUCCCGUCCAGGACCUGCCAACACUGAGGAUGGCUCUGGACCUGGAAUGGGUACUGGCAUGGGAUGUACCAGAGCCUCGCACGCCUCCUGCAAGUGCCAAUGACAGUGCAGACGCAGAGAUGGCCAUGGACCUUGAUCCAGAAGAUGACAUGGUCGAGGUGGAGAUCGAGUUGGAACCGGAGGUUUUGCCUCCGACCCGGGCGGAACAGCCUGUUCCUUCGCCCCCGUUGCCGUCGGCACAGCCAGACAUCAUUGACCUGGACCACGAAUCCAAUACGGUGACCUUGAGUGCCUCGGCUUCCACGACAACUGGGCCCUACACUGCGAUACGGGCCAAAUCGAUGCCCAAGGCUCCGACUCACUCCUGGAAGCCAAGGAGAGUUUCGGACCUGAUGGCUCAACCUGUUGAACCGAUCAUGGAGUCCGACGUGGAUCCCUCCCGACUCCAUCGCUCUCUACAUGCUCGCGGGUCAGUUGGAAGGCUACUUCGAUCCAAGCAUUCUGGCCAGGCUAAAGAUGAGAGCAGCACACAAGUUGAUCGUUCUUCUACAACGGCGGUCAAAAGCAAGAACAAACCUCCUGCCAAGGAGGCUCACGAUGCCCAGGAUCCAAUGCUGACCACUGUCGAUGCUGCCGUCCAUCCGACCACCACAGAGACAGAGAGGGAAGCAACUGCAGAGCCUUCUAGUGUAGUCGGGGGUGGCGACGAUGAGGCUGGCACAGUCACCCCACCGGAGCCAUCCUCUCCUGGCACGCCAAGCAGGAUGGUUGAGUUGGUGCACCCGACCCGACAAGAUGGGCAUCUGAAUUUUCUUCAAGUGGGCACCAUUACCUCCAGGCCUGCUGCCGGCGAUGGAGAACUCAGCACGUGGUAUCUGCAGCAUGCAGGUGGCGAGGUUCCCCUCCCGGACCUUCCGUCCUGGGUUCGCACUGCACUGGAAAAUCCACCGCCUGAUCCGGCUCCACCCCCUCCUCCUCCAGCAAGAAGCGCCGCCAGAACUUGCAGAAGCUCCAUCGUCGGCACCAGUGACACUUCAGCCGAUGGAAUCCGCACCGAUGGACCUGCCUGA